AUCAAGUGCAAUCCCUGGAGCAGCACUAAUGCAUCUAUAUGCAUCUAUAUUCUGUUCAUAUCGCAUCCACCGGCUCUGGCGCGCUGCGCGUCCCGUCUAGUUCUCCGCAACUGUUAUUUUCCUAACAUUUUUUUUCCAUGUGGAGUGUAAUCGUCAACGCUGUUUAACGGGGGGAAUCCAGCCCAUAUAUUUAUUGUAGCCGCUCUUGAAUAUUGUGCUCAAGAUGGCCGCCGAUGUGGGAUCGAUGUUUCAAUAUUGGAAGAAAUUUGAUCUCCGGCGGCUUCAGAGGGAGCUAAAUUCAGUGGCGGCACAACUAGCAGGCCGACAGGAAGAGAGCGAGGACUCCCAUAAGCACCUGGUGGAACUGAGCCGGGAAUUCAAGAAAAAUGUCCCAGAGGAGGUGUUGGAGAUGGUUUCCCCUGUCCUCAAGAGUUUCCAAGCUCAGGUGGUUGCAUUGAGCCAGCGCAGUAAGGAGGCGGAGUCUGCGUUCCUGGGAAUAUAUAAACAGCUGAUCGAGGCCCCAGAUCCGGCUCCGCUGCUGCAGGCCACACAGGAGCGUCUGGCAGAACUUCAGCGUUCGGCUCCUGACGGUGACGCUCUGGUCACAGAAAUCUCGGAGCACUGGAGAAAACACCUGGAGUGCCUUGACAAAGCAGAACACACAGAGCAGGGGUCUGUAUCCGUGGAGACGGGGGAGGCGUCGUCACAGCCGCCCCACAUGAUGACACCAAACAGCACACAGAACGUCCAGGAUGAAGACGCCCCGCUCCAGAAUCACCAGGACCCACAGGAAGGGGAGGAACAUGAAUCAGACGUUUCGCUGCCUGUCAGACUCGGCCAGGCUGAGGACCGGAUCAAAGCGCUUCAGUCAUCGCUCAACUCGGCCCGAACGGAGCUGCAGGAACUGAGGUCUAAAUACGACAAAGAAAUGACGGAAAACGAAUCUCAUCUAAUUGAGAAGAGAGCGGAUCUGGCCCAGAGGGAGGUGGAGAAGCUGAGGGAGCAGCUCGCCAGCACUUCUAAAGGGACCGGCCCAUCAGAGGAGCGACCCAAGGAGGAGAGGGAGCGCGAGGAGCGAGACGAGACCUUGCUGUCCCGGCUGGAGGCGAUGCUGUUUUCCAAGGACAGAGAGAUCCUGCGACUGCUCGAGAACGUCCAGAGAAUCCAGUUCACCUUACAGGAAGUCCAGGACUCCUCGGCCAAUCAGAUCGCAGAGCUGGAGCGGCAGCUGGCCUAUAAGUCAGAAUCUAUAGAGACGCUGGAGUCCAAACUACAGUCCCAGAUGGAUUAUGAAGAGAUCAAAACAGAACUCAGCAUCCUGAAAUCCAUGAAACUGGCAUCAGCCAACGGAAGUUCAUCCCAGGAAUCGGCCAAAACCGCUGAGGCUCUACUGCUGGACAAAGAAGCCUUUCUGCCCUCUCACAAAUUUCUUGUGGAUAAAGUCAGAGUGUUACACAACAGUGACAAGGGUCACUCUGAGGACUCCAGUAAGGAUGUGAGUUGCCCAGCAGGGUCGUAUUCCUCUCCUCCAGGAACACUGCCCAUAGAUGUCCGCACUUCCUCCAGCCCGGGACCGCCCAACACUGACACGCCCUCCUCCAUCCACGAACUGCCCCGCCCCUACUCAGUGUCGCCCUUCUCGGGCGAGAAGCUUCCUGGAGAUCAGCUCCUGCAGAAGCAGCUCCUGUCUCCGCUCUUCAAGAAAGACGGCAGCUCCAUCAUGGCGUUCCCCACCGCCCUCUACGCCGCCAAAGCGGCCCUCAUGUCAGCCAAUCAGAACGCCUCAAUGCCCGUCUCCAUGGAGACAGGCAUGCCAAGUGACCAAUCGGAGAGCGGAAGCUCGGGGGGAGGAGACGACAAUCAGUUGGACACGGCAGAAAUCGCCUUUCAGAUCAAAGAGCAGCUGCUGAAACACAACAUCGGUCAGCGUGUGUUUGGCCACUACGUGCUGGGCCUCUCACAGGGCUCGGUCAGCGAGAUCCUGGCUCGACCCAAACCCUGGAGGAAGCUCACCGUCAAGGGCAAAGAGCCUUUCAUCAAAAUGAAGCAGUUCCUGUCGGAUGAGCAGAACAUCCUGGCGUUACGCACCAUCCAGGUUCGCCAGCGAGGGAGCAUCACUCCUCGCAUCCGAACUCCUGAAACUGGGUCAGAUGAUGCCAUCAAGAACAUUCUAGAGCAGGCCAAGAAGGAGAUCCAGUCACAAAGAGGAGAUUAUAAGUCGUCUCUGGGCUGCUCAUCAGGCCGUAACAGCUCCGGAGGAAGCAGCAGUUCGGACGAAACCAUCAAGGGCAUCCUGGAGCAGGCCCGUCGAGAGAUGCAGGCGCAGCAGCAGGCCCUGCUGGAGAUGGAGGUGUGCAACCGGGCGUCCUCCAGCGAGCGUCUCGCCCUGCAGGACCCCGCCAUGACUCAGCCGCCCCCCACACCGCCCUUCAUCAAACAGGAAGAGGGUGUGUCCAAUCCCGCCAGCAGCCCUCAGAUGCCCCUGAGCGUCCUGUCCCCCGCCGUCUUCGUCCAAAACAUCAUCCGCAAGGUGAAGUCGGAGAUCGGCGAGGCCGGUGCGUAUUUCGACCAGCACUGGUCCACCGAGCGCGGCACGGUCGUGAUGAGCGUGGGCGGCACCGCUCACCCCUUCACCUCCGUGUCUCCGUCGCUCUCCUCCUCUUCAUCCACGGGACAUGCGUCCAUGCCUCGUCCCUGGCCGUGGAUGGAGAACGGAGACUGUCCCGUGAACGGCGAGGAAGCAUCCGCCCCUGAGGACAAGCCCGUGUUGGGACGGCCGCUGGAGGUCAAGGUGGAGUCGGACGCGUCGGUCAGCGGAGAGCCGCCCUGCGGGGGAGGACGGGUGUCGUACUACCCCACCUACAUCCCCCGAACCCUGAAGCCCACCGUCCCGCCGCUGACCCCGGAGCAGUACGAGGUGUACAUGUACCGCGAGGUGGACACCCUCGAACUCACCCGGCAGGUGAAGGAAAAACUGGCCAAGAACGGGAUCUGCCAGAGGAUCUUCGGAGAGAAGAUGUAUAAGAGCCCUGUGACGAGCCACUCGUCCCCGUCCCCUCCUCCGAGUCCUGAGGACGGUCACCCCAGCAUGACCCUGGAGCCCGUGAGUCUGGCGCUGGAGAGCAGUAAGGAGAACCAGCACCCGCAGCACGCCGAGCCCCACGGGGGGAAGAGCACGCCGUGCAUGAUGGUCCCGCAGCAGCCCCACACACCGCUGGGCAUCCAGGAGCUGGUGGCCAUGUCUCCGGAGCUGGACACGUACGCCAUCACCAAGAGAGUGAAGGAAGUGCUGACCGACAACAACUUAGGUCAGCGUCUGUUUGGAGAGAGCAUUCUGGGAUUGACUCAGGGUUCAGUGUCUGACCUGCUGUCCAGACCGAAGCCCUGGCAUAAGCUCAGUCUGAAGGGCCGCGAGCCGUUCGUCCGCAUGCAGCUGUGGCUCAACGACCCGCACAACAUCGACAAACUCCGAGACGUCAAGAAGAUGGAGAAGAAAGCGUAUCUGAAGAGGCGAUACGGUCUGCUGAGUCCCGGCUCAGACAGCGAUUCCCCCGGCGCUCAUUCAGACUGCAUCAGUCCGGGUCUGACCACGCUGGAGCUCUGCCCCUUCAGCCAGGCUAAGAAACCCCGCGUGGUGCUGGCGGCUGAGGAGAAGGAGGCUCUGAGGAAGGCGUAUCUGCAGGAGCCGUAUCCCUCGCAGCACACCAUCGAGAUGCUGGCCGCUCAACUCAACCUCAAAACCAACACCGUCAUCAACUGGUUCCACAACUACAGGUCCCGCAUGCGACGAGAGGUCCUGAUGGAGGGUCUCCAAGACAACGACACGGACGCCGAGCACAACAACUACUCCCCACUGUCCGACCGCGACGACAGGAAGCAGCCCUCGGCCGUCCGCAGCCGCCCUCUGAGCGCCGGCCCGUGCCGCUUCGCCCUCAAACAGGAGGCCAGCGAGCCGGGCGAGGACGAGGAGCUCCGUCUGCGGCAGGCCAAAUGCUUCUCCGUCGGCGUCCAGUUCGCCCAGCUCAAAAGCGACCCGGAAACGCCCCCGCACCGCUCGCUGGGCGUCAAGGACGACGAACCGCCGAGGAACAGCCAUGAGGUAGAGGAGCUGGAGAAGUCGCCCGAGGAUCCUGUCAGCUUCAAGGCUUCAUCCGAACCGUCCCGGAGCAGCCUGGAGGUGUCGCUCAACUCGCCCUCCGCCGCGUCCUCGCCCGGCCUCAUGAUGUCCGUGUCCCCCGUCCCGUCCUCUUCUGCCCCCAUCUCCCCGUCGCCGGCCCCGAGCCACCAUCACCCGCCGAGCUCGCCCUCGCUCAACUCCAAACUCAACAAAAGCACUCAGAGACGCAACGAGAAGAUGGCCAACCUCAAUAACAUCAUCCAUCGCCUGGAGCGGGCCGCCAACCGCGAGGAGACGCUCGAGUGGGAGUUCUAGACCAAGAGCCUAAGCGUCAGAUAUUUAUAAACACGUUUGAGCUAUUUUGAUAAAGUCACUUUGGAUUCUGCGUCACAGGAGAGUUAACGUAGCGGUGUCAUGAAAUGCACACUGACGUCUUGUAGAUUGCCACUGGGUGAGAUUAUGAAAUAUAGACCUCUGUCUUAAGCCAUCAAAAAGCACUACUUAUUUAAAAACAAAACAAGAGAGAGACAAUGACCAAAUUUGCUAAUUUUUGAAUAGCAGUUUUUCAACUUUUGUCUGUAAGACGGGACAGCGAAGUCAAGUGACGUGCGACAGCUUCACGUUGACCGAGGGAUAGUCCUAAAAGACUCUAAAUAGUGAACAUUGCGUAUGUAUUUAGUUUCUUGGUGACAUGUUUUGGAUCUUUUGUUAUACAAGCGUACAACGUGUGAUUGUGUGUGUUGUAGAAAUCGUCUGCAAUAGCCUUCUCUGAACAAGAUGUAGCAUGGAACAUAAUUUACCCUCUAUUUCCUCUCUAGAUAGUAACCUGUGAUAUACUUGAGCGAUACUAUAAAAAGAGAAAAACGGCAAAAAACAAGAAAAAAGGAAAUGUAAAAAAAGUCGGUACGAUGGUAGAUGCAUUCUUGAUUUCGUGAAUGUGUCAUUUUUUUAUUUUGUUUUUGGUUGGAUACUUUGAGGUUUUACACCAGGGUUCUUAUGCACAGUUUACAC